CGCGAGCACGAGCAGGCACGGGCACGCGGCCGCCGCCGCAGCCCUCAGCUUCCCGGGCUGGAAACGUUGGCGAUCAAGCCGCUGCCUCCAGCUCUGCGCCGCCCGCCGCCCCUCCCGCAGUCCCGAGGCUUUCGAGGGAGCGCUGCGGGGACUCGGGGCCGCCGGGGAAACCUGUGACCCCGCGCGGGAGCGGCGGGGCGGGGGACCGGGAGAAGAUGGCGACGUCGGGAAGCGAACCCCAAGCUUUCGCGCCCGCCCUCUCGGUAACCGCCCUGCACCCGCAUCUCCACCAGCACCACCAGCACCACGGAGGCACCGGCGGCGCGGGCUUUAACCUGCCCUUGAACCGUGGUUUGGAGCGCGCGCUCGAAGAGGCGGCCAACUCUGGGGGCUUGAACCUGAGCGCCAGGAAGCUGAAGGAGUUUCCCAGGACUGCGGCCCCGGGACAUGACCUCUCGGACACGGUUCAGGCAGAUCUAUCUAAAAACAGGCUGGUGGAAGUACCAAUGGAGCUGUGCCAAUUUGUGUCACUGGAAAUUCUUAACCUGUAUCACAACUGUAUCAGAGUUAUUCCCGAGGCCAUUGUUAAUCUGCAGAUGUUGACCCACCUAAACUUGAGUCGAAAUCAGCUGUCUGCCCUGCCCGCCUGCCUGUGUGGUCUGCCUCUCAAAGUCUUAAUCGCAAGUAACAACAAGCUUGGAUCACUGCCUGAGGAGAUAGGUCAGCUCAAACAGUUAAUGGAGUUGGAUGUGAGUUGCAACGAGAUCACAGCCUUGCCCCAGCAGAUAGGCCAGCUAAAGUCUCUACGGGAACUGAAUGUCCGAAGAAAUUACCUUAAGGUUUUACCACCAGAGCUAGUAGAUCUCCCGUUGGUGAAGUUUGACUUUUCCUGCAACAAGGUGCUGGUGAUCCCCGUCUGCUUCAGGGAGAUGAAGCAGCUGCAGGUGCUCCUGCUUGAGAACAACCCUCUGCAGUGCCCUCCAGCUCAGAUUUGCACAAAAGGGAAAGUGCACAUAUUCAAGUAUCUGAGCAUACAAGCGUGCCAGAUGAAGACAACCGACUCCCUUUACCUCCCCACCAUAGAAAGGCCCCAUUUACAUCAACACGUGGAAGACAGCAAGAAGGACUCUGAUUCGGGGGUUGGAAGUGAUAAUGGAGAUAAACGGCUGUCUGCCACCGAGCCCUCUGAUGAGGACACGGUUAGCCUCAAUGUGCCCAUGUCAAACAUCGUGGAGGAAGACCAGACCAUCAAGGAGGAUCCGUGCCAUCGGCUCACCCCAGCUAAAGGAGAAUUUCAGCCGAAGCCUUUGCUUUUGGGUGACAGUGGCAGCUCAGGACAAGAAAGAGAGCAGUUUGCUGGCCGUGCAGAUGUUCUACACUCCGGACUCAUGAACUAUAUCAAGGACCAGGCAGAAGACUGUGAAGAGCUAUUGCGGAUAGAAGAGGAUGCUCACUGGCAGAUGGAGGACCUACUAAAUUCAUCUAAAGACCAGGAUUUGGAUAUAGCGAUGAUUGAGCAUCUGAGAGAGGCAGAAGACUUGCUUCAGGAUCCCAACGGUCUAAGCACAGACAUUACAGAGAGAGGUAUUUUGAACCUGUACCCCAUGGGCUCAGCAGAAGCCUUAGAAUUCCCUGAUCCUUCACUCAAUGGUCAGUCGCAGCUCCAGACAUCUCCAGAGCGUGAGGUGCCAAACGAUCUAAUGUUACAAAGUAAUGGAGGCCAGUAUUCUCCAAAUGAGAUAAGAGAGAACUCCCCUUCAGUGUCUCCCACCCCAAACAUCACAGCUCCGUUUGGCCUGAAGCCUCGUUCAGUGUUUCUAAGACCUCAGAGGAACUUGGAGUCUAUAGACCCACAGUUUACGAUUCGGAGGAAGAUGGAGCAGAUGAGAGAAGAGAAGGAGCUAGUGGAGCAGCUCCGAGAGAGCAUCGAGAUGAGGCUGAAGGUGACCCUACAUGAAGACCUGGGGGCUGCACUCAUGGAUGGGGUCGUGCUCUGCCACCUGGCCAACCAUGUCCGUCCGCGGUCUGUCGCCAGCAUCCACGUCCCCUCACCGGCCGUGCCCAAACUCAGCAUGGCCAAGUGCCGGAGGAAUGUGGAAAACUUCCUGGAAGCGUGCAGGAAGCUCGGCGUUCCCGAGGAAAAGCUCUGUCUGCCUCAUCACAUCCUUGAAGAGAAAGGCCUGGUUAAAGUGGGCAUGACUGUUCAAGCUCUGUUGGACGUCACCAUCACAAAAGCUCUAUUCACAUGAGACCAAGCCCUUUCCUCUGGGUGGGCUCAGACUCGUCCCAGAGCAGGGACUCUGGACUCUGCUCCUGGCACCUGUACCUGCUCCCCAACUCGCCUCCCUGCCAGGUCCCUGAGGAGCUGUGUUGGCAUGGGUUCAGCCUAAGGGAGGAUUCGGACCUUUUAGAGUUGGCCUGCGGGUUUCAGGUUGGACAGGUGUUACCUGACAACGGGUCAGGGAGCUGGUGGAGAACUGAGUAGCAGCACAUCAUUGCCUUUCAAUCCCCUUCACCCCUUCCACACUCACCAAUCGCCAUUACCAAAUGCCAAGCACAACCGUUUCACAGUGAGUCGCGUCUGUUUUAUCAAAACCAAACUCCUUGCAGAACCAGUGGGGGGAGGGGGAUGCAAUCAGGUUUAUUUUUGCCACCAAAAUUUUUCAAGAUGUUUCUUGAGACCAUUGCCUUUCUGAAAAACUAUUUUCAACAUACAAAAUAUUUAUAUAAAUAUUAUUUAUUAGUGAGUCAUUAUUCAUCCUUUGGAUGCAAAUUGUAAAUUAGGAAACUAUUUUAUUACUGCUUUUUUGUGGUUAAACAAUUUAUUUUAAUAUUAUAAAUACUGAGUUAUUUUUGAGCCUCUUUGGCAUGUAGGAGUUCCGGGUCUUGGUGUGCAUUCUGUGGUGUAUAUGAUUCAGGAAAGAAAAAUUAAGCAAGAAACACGUGCUUCUGUGACAGACAGAGAGAGCUGGUUUUUUGGGAGGUGUUAUCCACCUUUUGGUUUGUGGAACAUCAUUCUUAUUUAUAUUUCUGCAUUCCAUCCAGUUUCCUGCAUUCCAGCAGCCCUCUUGUCCCCCAGUGUAAUAAACUGACUGAAAUCAAGAGAGCACCCCAAAGUUAUCUGUAAAUAGUUAUGUGGGGGAAAAAAGACAUAUUAAACUUGAAGAUAAAAUGUGAAGUUAUUUUUUUUUCCGGAUUCAUGUUUCUUUUGCUAUGCACAAAACAUGCACAUUUUAGCACAGAGAAGUAGGAAGUGUUCGGCGUAUGUCUUGAAGUAUAAUUUUCGCACUGUACUUUGUGUAAUUGUGGAGCAUCUAGCACCAGAGGUAGAUGUUGAAGAAAUGGAUGAGAAAAUGGAGCUGACUGAAGUCGACUGUCAAGCUACAAGGGUCAUCAGAGCUCGUCAGGAAACCAGCAUGGAGAUACAACCGCAGGCGUUCAAAGAGCCAGAGAUGCCAAAAUGGAGAUAGACCGUGCUCGUUUUUAUUAUCAUCAAGCUGGUGCUUUUAAAGAGUCUAGACUUGGAAGGCUCAUGGUGUUUGGUAGGAAACUUGGGACGUGUGCAGCUCGCAGGGGGGCAGCUGCAUGCACGCAGAGCAGGCUGAGCAAGGAUGCAGUAAGUAAGUGUGUGAGCAGCCAAUAGGGAGCAGGGGCGAGCGCAUUCGGACUAGCAGGGAGCUAGCCCAAGAGAGGAGGAGCGCACCCCAUCCUGUCAGUGGCCGAGCUUCCUUCAGGGAAGGCUUCGUAGGACUGUGCAGGGGGCAGCCACACUCAUACUCACCCUGGAGGUGUGGACAGGUGCCCCAGUCGUUCAUCUGUCAAAAGCUUGGGAAUGCUGACUGCACUUUGACCCCUGUACAGAUCCAUUAGCAGUUUCUAGACCGCAAUGUUUGUAGUUUGUAGCCACAAUGGGAGACUAUCAAGGUGGAUACAAAAGACAACAGGAGGGAUGAGUGUGGUCAACCCGGACUGACUGACCACUGCCUCCGGGCAUGGUGGGCGGGUCCUGAGUAUGGGAAUUGAGAUUGGCAGCUAGUGAUACUUCCUAUCAUAUGUACUGUGCACUUUAACAUAAAUAUAUCUGAAUAUUUUUCUGUACUGCACAAAUACCUGUUUUGUCAAAUGGCGUAGCAAUGUAAAGAUGAGAGAAUUUUUAACAGAGUAUAUUCAGCUGAAGCAGAGGUCAGAGGUUAGCUACACAAGGAUUUAGAAUGAUGUUCUAGAAUGUUGUACCCUCAGGGCAUUACACCCAGGGUUCUGAAAUAUAUUUUUACAACAUGAAGCUCAGUAACCGUUAUUUUUGGAUAUUUUUUUCAAAAUUAAAAUAUUUCUUUUGAUAUUAAUUUCCAGUAUUUUCAUGAAAUUGGCUGUAUCAUACAAAUGGCUUCAAUAUUUUGUAAAAUGUUUUUUAUGGAGAUCUUAUAUGGAUAAGAUGUCUUCAAGAUCCCUGUACACUAUAUCUAUAUGUGCAAUGAAAUGUGCAUGGCUGGCUAAUAGUAUGAUAAGCAGACAGAAUGUAUAUAGUGCCAACCCUUCUAUUAUUUAACAGCCAUUAAAAUUUUAAACUUGUACCAAC